CGAUACUGGCGCAAGCCUCAAGGCCAGAUUUUUCAAUGACGUCACCUCCUGCUGGCUCAUGUGACCAACUCGUUCCUCCACCAACAACAUUUGCAUGAAUAACAGUAAACAGUUGUUGGCACUUGAAACCACUCUAUCUCAACUUGUUUCCCUGCACGCUCCACAAUCAACUCUGACCCUAGCAUCAUGUCAGGAAAAGAAUGGAUGUCUGCUGCGGUGUUAGAGGCCGAGAAGAACGGUUUCACCGAUGUGAACAAUGUCCUGGCCAACUUACCAUCCAUAGGAGAACAAAACGUCGAUAGUAUCACCGAUAACACUAUCUUGAUUAACAACCAAUGUCCUAGUCCGAGGAUGAAGUUUGUCAUGGCGAAAUUGAUCCAGCACCUCCACAGCUUUGCCAAAGAGGUCGACUUACAAACAGAUGAGUGGCUAGCUGGGAUCCGUUUUUUGACUGAGACGGGUCAAAAGUGUUCGGACGUUCGACAAGAAUUCAUCCUCCUCUCAGACAUCCUCGGUUUCUCUGCCUUGGUUGAUGGUUUAUCCAAUUGCAAGCCUCCCGGGUGCACCGAAUCGACCGUUUUGGGCCCGUUCCACACCGAAGACGCACCACAAACCGAGCAGGGUGGAAGCAUAGUCUCCACAUCUGGAGGGAGAAAGAUGGUCGUUGAGGGCGCGGUGAAGAAUCAGAAGGGAGAAGGGAUUGCAGGGGCUCAACUCGAUGUUUGGGAAACCGACGAGAAUGGGUUUUAUGACGUGCAAAAUGCUGACCGCAGCGGCCCUGAUAACCGCGGUAUAAUAACAACAGAUGAUUCUGGCAAGUAUUGCUUUGAAGCGAUUGUACCAAUGGCCUACCCAAUCCCGACAGAUGGCCCCGUUUCUGGGCUUUUGAAGAAGCUUCAAAGGCAUUGUUUUCGUCCGGCACAUAUUCACUUCAUGAUCAAAGCAAAGGGGUACGAGGCACUCACUACCUCAUUGUACAUCAAGGGAGACCCGUUUAUCAGCUCUGAUGCCGUCUUCGGUGUUAAGAAUUCGCUGGUAGUUGAUGUUUCAGAGAACUCUCCAGACGCCUCACACCCUACCAAAUGGUGGAGUUUGAAGUACGAUUUCACCUUGCCGACGGAACAAGAAGCUAGUACCUUCAAAUCUUCUCGAAGAAAUGACGUCCUCGGCAGUUAAGCAGCUGCAGUCAAUACCCACACUCAAAAAUCCCAAUGCGGUUGAGCUUGAGUUUGGUUGAUGAGAUCAACAUUUGGUUUGAUGAGAAAUAGGCAUAUUUUUAUGUUUGAUUCCGGUCAGAAUUUGCUGUUAUUAUACUCUUGUAGGAUUUAUCUGAUGGUUCCAGAUUGUCACUUGCUUCUUUGAAAAGAGUGUUGCUCACCGAAGCCAAAAAUGCACCAACAAAAAGGAAUGGAAAACCUAAAAAUUCUGCGCUACUACUAUUCUAUUGCAAAUCUUUGACAUUUUAAACGCUCUCAAUA